CCGUGGCGCGGACGAGGGCUGUGGCGUCGAGGGACUCGAGAGGGUGGAGAACUGCUGUUUCUGUCCCUUUCUCUCGUUCCUGGAGUUCUGUAGCCUUCAGGCCCUUCCCCUCGCUCGGGCCGCGCUGCCAGUGCCUUCUGUUGUUGCUUCAAGUGGAAAAGGCCUUUUGGUCUGCUGCGGCUCCUGGAGAUGCUGCGUCAGGUGGAGUAAAAGAAUAAGGUUAAGAAAGAUUUAAACGGACUUCUGAAGUAACCAAAGGAAGAAGAAUGGAGACGGAGACCAUUUUGAGUCUUAGACAGCAACUCAAGGAAGCAGAGAAUGAGCGAAGAAAAGCAGCGCAGUAUGGCUUGCAUUUAUUGGAGUCCCAAACUGAAGUUCAGAAUCAGUUGGAUCAAAUACGCCGUGAAUUGACUGAGAAAACUGAGAAAUUUGAACAAGAAAAAUACUCUCUUCAGAGAGAAAUUGAACUCAAGAAUCGAAUGUUGGAAAGCUUGAGUUUUGAAUGUGACUCCCUUAAGCAACAGCAAACCAUGCAACUGGAUAAACAGAAAGAGCAGCUUGCCAGAGUCUAUGGACAAGAAAUCAGUGACCUUAAAAACAAGUUGGAGAACCUGAAAGCAGAAUUAGAUGAAAUGAGACUCUCUGAGAAACAGCUGAGACACAAAGUGGAUCACCAGAAGGAAAUAAUUGCUGCCAAAUCAGAAGAACUCCAUAUGAUGUCUGAACGUGUACACGAGACCAUGUCUUCAGAAAUGCUCAAUCUUCAGAUAGAACUCACUGAACUAGAAAAUGUGAAGGCCAAUGUUGAAGAAAAGCUGAAUGAGCUGCAGUACAGUAAAGAGCAGUUAGAACUCAUGAACAGUAAUUUACGGCAUCAGCUGGAGCGCCUACAGGGAGAAAAAGAAGAGAGGGAGAAAGAAGUUGUUUCUUACUGUAACGCGUUAGAGAAAGCACGUGAAGCUAAUCAGGAGCUUCAAGUUCAGCUGGAUCAUGCUGUGCAGCAGUCCUUGGACCCCACGAGUAGAGGCAAUUCUCUUUUUGCUGAGGUGGAGGACCGUAGGGCAGAAAUGGAACGACAGCUGAUCAGUGUGAAAAUAAAAUAUCAGUCCCUACAAAAACAGCAUGCAUUCACUAGAGAACAAUUGCAAAGAAUGAAGCUGCAGAUGGCUACACUGCUACAGAUGAAAGGCUCUCAGGCGGAAUUUGAGCAGCUGGAACGCUUACAGUCAAUGUUGGAACAAAAGAAUGGUGAGGUAGAAGAUCUUCUUAUCAAAGUAAGGCAGCUAGAAAAAUUUAAGACUUUAUAUGAGAAUAUGGAAGAAUCCAAAGUUAGCAGUGGCUCAAAAGGAGAGUCUGGAGAUGAUUACUACGCAGAUUUACUGCAAAUUAAACUCGACAACUCAAACAAGGAAACUGAAACCUUGAAAAACGAACUAUCCUUACAGAGGAUGAAAGCUCUAUAUGAGAGCCAAAGGGUUCUGGAAGUUGAAAGGAAACUCUUCACAAAUGAGAGGCAUUUGCAAGCUUGUCAGAGUGAGAAUAUGAACUUGAGAGUUAAGCUGGAUGAACUAAAAAUGAAAUAUGAACCUGAAGAAUUAGCUAAAGGCACUAGAAUUAAAAAGAGGAGGGAGAAGAUUCCUGUGGAUGUUACUUGUGAAUACUUAGACAGCAAAAAUACUUCAGUAAAAGAAGCUGCUGUUACUCAGUUGCCAAGCAAAGAAGAAACAAAGAUGACUUCCGAGAACUUGGAGCCGAAUGAUGCUUCUCCUAAAAAACAUGCUCUUGAAGCACCACCAAUAAACAUAGCUCCUCAAGCAACACAAAAAGUAGCUGAACAUGAAAAAGAAAGAAAGAGGGUUAAGAUUAAAGAUGAGAGUCAUGAUGGCUUUACUUCAUAUAGCAGAAGUGGAAACAAUUCCUUGACUUCAUCUGCCUCCAGGUUAACAGCUGAAUCCAGAUUUGAAACUACAGAAGAAGAAGAUAAGAAAGAAAAUCUAAUUACAACUGAGAAGAAAACACAAAAGAAAAAAUACACAACGUUGUAUGUAUCUUCUAAGCCAUCUUCUGAAACACAAUGUGCUCAGCAAUAAAACUACAUUUCUGGGAGGAACCUGAGCAAUUUGGAGUCCUGCUUCAGUAAACUUAUGUCACACAGAAAUGUCCAGGUUCCUAAUUUAGUGAACUGCCUUGUUUUAUGAAGAGUAUGAUCACAUGAAUGACAGUUGCACUACUGGUACCUUAACUUCCCAGAGGGUACCUGUUAAGGUCCUUGGUGAUGUGACCUGAAGUGUUGCCUUGUCUUAAGUCUUGAUUUGAAGUCUCUACAUGUGUGUGAAUUGAAGCACAGUGCUCUUCUGAAAGAUCAGAAAUUUCAUUAUAUGAUCGGGCAGGGGUCAACCCUCAGCAGGACAGACUAGACAGUGUUGAGAUGCAGAACUUGGCUAAGUCAUAGUCCUGAAUUCCUUUCAGUUCCUGAAUUCAUGAUUCUUAAUGUUUUUCCUCCUAAUGUGUAAUUCAGACUGACCUGAUUGCAGGGGUGCAUGUGAACGUUUUUAUGCAUCUUGUGGGAUAGCAUUCUUUUGAAACUAUAAAUUCUUGUGCUAACAAUGAAAUUAAACUUUUAUUUCUCUUCCUUUCUAAAAUGUAGUUUAUAUUGCAUUUCAGGCAAAGCAUUUAUUAAUGUUGUUCAUUUUUUGAUUGA